AUGAGUUGCUUCCAGAGCAGUAUCAAGCAAAAGAAGACCGUUGCCAACCUGCUGGCGGUAAAACAGGGGCCUGAUGAGUCCAUAAGGGACUAUAUCACACGCUUCAAUAGAGAGGCUGUGGAGAUUAAGGACCUGGAUGAUGCCAUGGCCUUCAACGCCCUGCAUAAUGGGGUAACCAACCACGACCUGGUAAAGUCGCUCGCCCUUGAGCCGAUCACCACUAUGCCCCAGCUGCUGGAUUGCCACUAUCAGUACACCAACAUGUUUGAUAUUAUGAAGGCACGAAAGACAGCUGAUACCAAGGCCCUAGAGAAGAAAAGAGUGAGCAAGAAAGAGGAGAAGAAAGAUACUAAAAAACCGAGGUCAGAUCGGUACUCAAACCGAGACCAAAGCCCGGAUUACACGUCCCUCAACACCAGUAGGACUAAGAUCCUAAUGGAGGUGUAUGAUCGAGGCCUGCUACAGUGGCCCAGGCCAAUGUUCUCUAGGCCUGAGGACAGGAACAAAAAGAAAUACUGCAAGUUCCACAGAGACAUCAGCCACGACACAGAAGACUGCAGGCAGCUGAAGAGAGAGAUCAAGGACAUGAUCCAGAAAGGCCAUGUGAGGCACUAUGUCAAGGAGGAUGGAAAAGAUUCCUCUAGGGAUCGCAAAGCCACAAGGGGCGACCCUAAGAGGGAUGACAGACUAAGGGGACGAGAUGAUCGAGAUCGUCGAGAAGAUCGGUGA